AUGGCAUCCGCAAGAGCAGACCAUCCCAACGACUUCACCAGUGGCCAACCCAGACGCCCGGCACCAAGAUCCACGGCUAGAAACACAAUGCCGCCAUCCCAUUCCAUAGCCAACAACCCCACGGCACGGCCCCCAAACCUCCCCAACACCGACUCGCGCCUCCGGAUGCCCCAAGCCCCCGCCCUCCUCUCAAGGCUACCUACUUCGACAAUGGACUUCUCCCCCAUCAUCCCCCCCCUUUUCCCUCGCUUGGUUUCAAACCCCAGCGCAUCUCCGACACUUAGACCCCACUCAUCCCAGAACCGCAAACACAAUCGCCGCAGCCUCAUGCAACCGCUCGAACGUUCCUACAAGCUGGAGAUCUUGGGCAGACAGAGAGAGAGAAAGACGCAAGCAAAAAAGGCGCCGCAGCUAUUUUCGCAGAAACGUGGAGGAAAAAUGAAAGAAAGAAAGAAACAUGGAUGCGGAGCAAAAAAGACCGGCUUUCAGGGGCCGCUCGGAGGAGGAGGAGGAGGAGGAAGAGGAGGGGAAUUGGAAUACAGAAGAACAUCGUCGAGGCUAGAUAAGAUACCUACGGCUGGGCUGGGCCGGGCCGUCCGAACAGAUAGGUAG